AUGUUGCCCCUCCUCAGCUCGACUGCCAAGGUAUACGGCGCACCACGAGCAUUCUCGACAACUUCUGCCCUUCUCCGUCGAGUCGCGAAUCCAACAAUACCGGGUACCUCUAUCAAGAUCUUCCGAGAUGUACCUGCUUUACGCCAAUGGCGCCGUAAACAAUUAAUCGAUCAUCGAAUGGUUGGUCUCGUGCCAACCAUGGGAGCUCUUCAUGAGGGUCACCUAUCACUUAUUCGCCUUGCUGCAGCAGAAAACUCAAAUGUCAUAGUGAGCGUCUACGUUAAUCCAACCCAAUUUGGUGUUCACGAAGAUCUUGACAGCUAUCCGAAGACAUGGGAAAAGGAUUGCAAGAUGUUGAAAGGACUUGAUAUGGAAUUGGCCGACAAUGGGAACAUGGGUAAGAUCGCAGCUGUAUUUGCGCCUACAACAGAAACGAUGUACCCGAGUGGACCGCCAAGUCAAGAGGUUAAAGCGAAAGGAAGCUUCAUCACUAUUACACCAGUUGGAGAGCUACUAGAGGGGGCAAGCCGGCCAACAUUUUUCAGAGGAGUGGCUACUGUCUGCAUGAAGCUGUUCAAUAUUGUUAUGCCAGAUAAUGUUUAUUUUGGACAGAAGGAUGUACAGCAAACUGUUGUUAUAAAGAAGAUGGUUAAGGAUUUCUGCUUCGACACCAAAGUUGUCAUCGGAGAAACCCAAAGAGAGCACGAUGGCUUGGCAUUGAGUUCACGGAAUGUUUAUUUGGGAAAGAGGAGAAGAAAUGUAGCUACAGCAUUAUCAAAAAUGCUUAAAGUUGCGGAGCAGGGAUACAAUCUUGGACAUCGAUCACGAGAUGAGCUUCUGGGGCCUGCAUUGGAAUUGUCGAAGUUGAUAUUAAUGGAACAGUAUCAAUUGAAGCCCGAAGAACGAGUAAGAUAUGAGGUGGAUUAUAUCUCGUUAGCUGAUCCUGAGACGAUGGAAGAAAUCGAGGAGGUUGACGAAACAAAAGGCGCAAUCUUGAGCGGCGCAAUCAAGAUGUUGCCAGUAGAAGCACCACAAGUUGGAGAGGAUCUCGGUUUAUCUGAUGGACCUCCAGUCAGGCUAAUAGAUAACAUCAUAUUGAAACCUGUUAAGGUCUAA